AUGGCGGACGCACUCCUCUCCGCUUCACUUCAAGUUCUAUUCGACAGGUUGGCUUCUCCGGAACUCAUAAAUUUCAUUCGGCGAAAGAAUCUCAGCCAUGACCUCCUCAACGAGCUGAAGAGGAAAUUGGUGGUUGUCCACAAAGUGCUCAAUGAUGCGGAGAUGAAGCAAUUUUCAGACGCACAAAUCAAACAGUGGCUGGUCCAAGUUAAGGAUGCUGUGUAUCAUGCGGAAGACCUGCUGGACGAGAUCGCUACCGAAGCUUUGUGGUGCGAGAUGGAAGGUGCUGACUCCCAAACCGGCGGAACUCAUCAGGCGUGGAACUGGAACAAGGUCCCUGCUUGGGUUAAGGCUCCAUUUGCUACUCAAAGCAUGGAGUCCAGGAUGAAGGAGAUGAUUACUAAACUUGAGACUAUUGCUCAAGAAAAAGUUGGGCUUGGGCUUAAAGAAGGUGGGGGCGAGAAACCGUCACCAAGAUUACCAUCCUCUUCUUUGGUGGGUGAGUCGUCCAUUGUGUACGGAAGGGAUGAAAUUAAGGAGGAGAUGGUGAAGUGGUUGCUUUCUGAUAACGCAAGAGGCAACAACAUCGAGGUGAUGUCCAUAGUGGGCAUGGGCGGCAGAGGCAAGACCACACUCUCUCAGUAUCUCUAUAACCAUGCCACAGUGAAAGAACACUUCGACUUGAAAGCAUGGGUCUGUGUUUCCACUGAGUUUCUGCUUAUCAGUGUAACCAAAUCAAUUCUUGUGGCGAUCGGUUGUAGACCUACUUACGAUGACAGCCUAGAUUUGCUUCAGCGCCAACUCGAAGAGAGCGUAGGUAACAAGAAACUUCUGCUCGUUCUCGACGACGUCUGGGAUGUAGAGUCUCUUGAUUGGGAAAGUUGGGAUAGACUACGAACUCCACUCCUCGCUGCAGCAGAGGGAAGCAAGAUUGUUGUGACGACUCGUAGUGAAAUUGUUGCAAAACUCAUGGGUGCAGUCAGUACUCAUCGUCUGGGAGAAUUAAGCCCUGAAGAUAGUUGGGCCCUAUUUACAAAAUUUGCAUUUCCAAAUGGAGAUUCCAGCGCUUACCCUCAGCUUGAACCCAUAGGCAGAAAGAUUGUGGACAAGUGCCAAGGAUUGCCUUUGGCUCUAAAAGCACUCGGGACGCUCUUGUACUCUAAGGCCCAGAAAAGAGAAUGGGAAGAUAUUUUGAAUAGCAAAACAUGGCAUUCCCAGACUGGUCAUGAAAUUCUUCCGUCUCUUAGAUUGAGUUAUCUGCAUCUUUCUCCUCCUGUGAAGCGUUGUUUUGCUUACUGUUCAAUUUUUCCCAAGGAUUAUGAAUUUGACAAAGAGAAGCUGAUUCUAUUGUGGAUGGCAGAAGGGCUUUUACACGCAGGACAAAAUGAUGAAAGAAUGGAAGAGAUAGUUGCGUUACUUGGAUCUCUCCUCAACAAAGAUUCAAAGAUUACCUGA